GACUGUUCAUCGGGUUUUACUCUAUAUAUAAAGAAAGUGAUUGAAGUCAACAGAGGACAUUAAAGGUUUCUGGAGUCUAUAGACUCUUUGAUUUUGUUUGGGAACAUAACAUAAGCAAUGAACUUUCUGAGGAAGAAUGAGAAGAAGAAGAAGGAGGAGGAGGAGGAGGAAGACAACAAGGAGGCCUUCCUUGAUCACAAGAGAAAGAAAACCUGGGAAGAUGCAAGGACUGGUCACAAAUGCUUCAUGUUGUACGCAAGGUCACUCUACGUCACAUGGGGUGGCCGUGAGAAUUGGAUUUGGAACAGUUUUAAAGACACAAAUGAAGAAAACAUCGAAGUAGCGAAAUUAAGCCAUGUAUGCUGGUUGGACGUGAGGGGGAAGUUCAAAAUGUCAGAGCUUUCCCCAGCAACAUUAUACGAGGCUGUGUACGAGAUAAAGUUGACAAAAGGAGCAUCCGGUUGGGAACUCCCCGUCAAGCUCAGACUAUAUCCCCUCCCGAAUGGCGACGGGUUCCAAGAAAGGCAAGUCAGUCUAUUGGAGAAGCCUAGAGGGGAAUGGAUAGAGCUCAACGUCGGCGGUUUCCGUACACCGGAGAAUAUAGAAGAAGCUGCCGGAGAGAUAUGUUUUGACCUCUAUCAACAUGGUGGCCACUGGAAGAAUGGACUUGUUGUCAGGGGUGCCAUUUUAAGGCCUAAAACCUGAACCAUUAGCUACUUCAUAUGACUUCUACUGUUAACAAACACACUAGUUUUGACUACUUUUCACGUUUUUGUAUUCUUUGUAUUUGUGGCCACUUUCCCUCUCUAUAAAUAAACAUCUUGGAUGCCAUUGAUAU